UAUUAGUAUAAUAUUUUUACAGUAGAUGAGUGUUUGUUUACUGGUGAUACACUUUUUAUUGGUGGUUGUGGUAAAUUUUUUGAAGGGAAUGCUACUUGUUCCUAAGAUGGUUUUAUUCAUAUAUUCGACUUUUAAAAUUAAAUGAAAGACCAAAAUAAAAUAGUAGUAGGAAAUCAAAAAGUUCAUUAAGGUCCUAUUUGGAAAAUUGAUUGGGCUCAUCCGCACUUUGGAAAUAUUUUAGCUUCAUGUUCAUAUGAUAAAAAUGUUGCAGUACACAAAGAAUAAUAAUUAAAUAAUUAAUAAAAAAUAUGGGAAACUAUUUGGAAAAAAGAAUUAGAAGGAUCUAUUAAUUAUAUAUAAUUUUCUCCAUAUGAAUGUGGUUUUAAUAUUGCAUGUGGAUCAUCUGUUGGAAAAGUUUAUUUAUUAGUAUUAAGAACUUAAGACUCAAAUAUGCAAGAAUACUCUUGGUAAGCACAUGAAUUAGGAGUAAAUUGUAUAUGUUGGGAACCAUUUAAAGCUGAUGAUGAUUUUACAAUUGAUUAAGUUGAAAAAAGUAACAAUAAAUUUACAAAAUUAAUAACUGGAAGUUGCGAUAAAACUUUAAAAAUUUGGAGUUUAGAAAUUCAAAAUGGAUAACUUUCGCAUAAUUUAAUAUAUGAAAUUAUAGGAGUUCAUAAUGAUUGGAUUAGAGAUGUGGCUUGGUCUCCCCUUUCUUAAUAUGAAUAUGAUAUAAUAGCUAGUUGCUCAGAAGAUUAAAUUGUUGUCGUUUGGAAAUUAAAUUACGAUUAAAAUAAUAAUAAUUAUUAAUAAAUAGAGCAUUAAAUUAUUAAUAUUUAAUUUAAUGGACCUGUAUGGAGAUUAAACUGGAAUUUUUAAGGCAAUUAACUUUCUAUUUCAUCAGCUACUUAGAAUAAUAACAAUUAAGUAGUGAUUGUUUAACAAAACGAAGAUGAUGAAUGGGUUUAAGUUGAAGAAUAAAAUAAUAUAAAUUAAAAUUGA